CAGGGCGGAGGGCGGCGCGAGGGAGGGAGAGAGGGAAGGGAAAGGCGAGCGUGAGCUGCCUCGAAUGCCUGGAAUAAUUCCGCUUCCGUUUGGAAAGCCGCAGCCUCAGUCCCGCCGCGCCUGCCGCGUCCGCCAGCGCCAGCUCCGCGUCCGAUCAGCCUGUGGCUGCCCGCUCCGCCGCCAUGGCCACCUCCCCGCAGAAGUCACCCGCUGUCCCCAAGUCCCCCACUCCCAAGUCGCCCCCGUCCAGGAAGAAAGACGACUCCUUCUUGGGAAAACUCGGAGGGACCCUGGCCCGGAGGAAGAAAGCCAAGGAGGUAUCCGAGCUUCAGGAGGAGGGCAUGAAUGCCAUCAACCUACCCCUCAGCCCCAUCCCCUUCGAGCUGGACCCUGAGGACACAAUGCUGGAGGAGAAUGAAGUGCGAACAAUGGUGGAUCCAAACUCGCGCAGUGACCCCAAGCUGCAAGAACUGAUGAAGGUAUUAAUUGACUGGAUUAAUGAUGUGUUGGUUGGAGAAAGAAUCAUUGUGAAAGACCUAGCUGAAGAUUUAUAUGAUGGACAAGUCCUACAGAAGCUUUUUGAGAAACUUGAGAGUGAGAAGCUGAACGUUGCUGAAGUCACCCAGUCCGAGAUCGCUCAGAAGCAAAAGCUGCAGACUGUCCUGGAGAAGAUCAACGAAACCCUGAAACUUCCUCCCAGGAGCAUCAAGUGGAAUGUGGACUGUGAGUUUUACAAAGAAACACGGAACUUUUUUUGUAUUUUUCUAAAGCAUAUUUUUCUCUCCUCCUUGCAACCCUUCUCCCCACCCCCGUUUCAGAAACGAGAAGGAAUCCUCCAGUCCCGGCAAAUCCAAGAGGAAAUAACUGGUAACACAGAGGCUCUUUCCGGAAGGCAUGAACGUGAUGCCUUUGACACCUUGUUCGACCAUGCGCCAGACAAGCUCAACGUGGUGAAAAAGACCCUCAUCACUUUCGUGAACAAGCACCUGAAUAAACUGAACCUGGAGGUCACAGAACUGGAAACCCAGUUUGCAGAUGGGGUAUACCUGGUGUUGCUCAUGGGACUCCUGGAGGGCUAUUUUGUGCCCCUGCACAGCUUCUUCCUGACCCCGGACAGCUUUGAACAGAAGGUCUUGAAUGUCUCCUUUGCCUUUGAGCUCAUGCAAGAUGGAGGUUUAGAAAAGCCAAAACCACGGCCAGAAGACAUCGUCAACUGUGACCUGAAGUCUACACUGCGAGUGCUGUAUAACCUCUUUACCAAGUACCGGAACGCGGAGUGAGGAGCAGCCUGGGUCGUCCUCCCGCCCCCCUGAACCUGCUCAUUCCCGCCUCCUGCUCUGUGCUCUCCCACGAGUCCAGCUACAACCCAGGGACAGUAGGAAUGGAAAUUAGGAAGGAAAUGAUCAACAACUCAGUGGGCUGAUCCAGCAAUGGCCUGGACAGGUUGUCCCCAUCUGGGUGCUAGAUCCAGAUUUAGUGUGAUUUGAGAACCAGCUUAGGCAAAAGAGACUCUCCACAGAAGAAGAAAAUAAAGAUUAUGGUUACCACCUUGUGGGUGUAAACUGUACUGGGCACUACAGUAAGUGCUCUGAUAUACUCAUUAACACUCAUGACUCCCAUUGAAGCAGGUAUUACAAUCUCCUUUUACAGAUGAGGAAACUGAGUCUCAGAGAGGUUAAGUGGCUUGCCAGAAGCAGCAUUUUUUUC